GUGACAUUCAGGGAUGUGGCCAUAGAAUUCUCUCCAGAGGAGUGGGCAUGCCUUGACAAUGCUCAGCGCAAUUUGUAUAGGGAUGUGAUGUUAGAGAACUAUGGAAACCUGGUCUCCCUUGGUCUUGCUGUCUCAAAGCCAGAACUGAUCACAUGCCUGGAGCAAAGGAUAGAGCCCUGGAUUAUGAAGAAAGAGGAAACAACAGCUAAAUAUCCAGGAAUGUCUUCCCAUUGCACCCGAGACCUUUUGCCAUUGCAGGGCAUAAAAGAUUCAUUCAAGAAAUCAAUAAUGAGACCAUAUGGAAGCUGUGGCCUUGAAAUUGAACACUUAAGAGAAGACUGGGAGUGUGUGAAUGAGUGUAAGAAGCAUAAAGUAUAUUAUGAUGGUCUUACCCAGUGUUUGUCAUCUACCCAUAGGAAAACCUUCAAAUGUAUAAAAGUCUUUAUGAAAACUUCAAAUCUGUAUAGAUAUAACAAAAGACAUACAGGAGAGGGAAGUUUCAAGCAUAAUAAAUGUGGCAAAACUUUUAACCACAUCUCAAACCUUUCUGGACAUAGGAAAAUUCAUACAGGAGAGAAACUCUACAAGUGUGAAGAAUGUGGAAAAGCCUUUAACUGGUACUCAAAACUUACUACACAUAAAAGAAUUCAUACAGGAGAAAAACCAUACAAAUGUGAAGAAUGUGGCAAAGCCUUUAGCUGGUGCACAGUAUUCAGUCGACAUAAAAGAAUUCAUAGUGGAGAGAAACCCUACAAAUGUGAAGAAUGUGGCAAAGCCUAUACCCAGUGCUCACAACUUAUUCUACAUAAAAGAAUUCAUACAGGAGAGAAACCCUACAAAUGUGAAGAAUGUGGCAAAGCCUUUACCCACUUCUCACAUCUUACUGAACAUAAAAAAAUUCAUAGAGGAGAGAAACCGUACAAGUGUGAAGAAUGUGGAAAAGCCUUUAGGCGGUGCCGAAACCUUACUCUACAUAAAAGAAUUCAUACAGGAGAGAAACCCUACAAAUGUGAAUAAUGUGGCAAAGCCUUUACCCACUGCUCACGUCUUACUGAACAUAAAAGAAUUCAUACAGGAGAGAAACCAUACAAAUGUGAAGAAUGUGGCAAAGCCUUUAGCCGGUGUGCAAACCUUACUCUGCAUAAAAGAAUUCAUACAGGAGAGAAACCCUACAAAUGUGAAGAAUGUGGCAAAGCCUUUACCCACUGCUCACGUCUUACUGAACAUAAAAGAAUUCAUACAGGAGAGAAACCCUACAAAUGUGAAGAAUGUGGCAAAGCCUUUAGCCGGUGCUCAAACCUUACUCUACAUAAAAGAAUUCAUAGUGGAGAGAAACCCCACAAAUGUGAAGAAUGUGGCAAAGCCUUUACCCACUGCUCAUGUCUUACUGAACAUAAAAGAAUUCAUACAGGAGAGAAACCAUACAAAUGUGAAGAAUGUGGCAAAGCCUUUAGCUGGUGCACAGUAUUCAGUCAACAUAAAAGAAUUCAUAGUGGAGAGAAACCCCACAAAUGUGAAGAAUGUGGCAAAGCCUAAACCCGGUGCUCACAACUUAUUCUACAUAAAAGAAUUCAUAGUGGAGAGAAACCC